AGUCUGUGUAUGUCUACGGCACGGCCGACAAACGCGGUUAUGAUACCUCUAUGAUCUAAUCAGCCACUCCAGUUGCCUCAUUCGAACCUUGCUCUCUUAUGUUGUCGCCUGGACUGUUUGGGGUCCAAAAUGCGCAAACCUCCUCCGCCGGCACGUUCAGAGUCGUGUUUUGCCCGUUCCUGAGCGCCAAGGAUUGUGCCGUGAAGCCGUAUUAUACGCCAUCACCGUCGUUUAUUAGUAUGGACCGCCACUCUUGAGGCUCGGCGCUUUCUAGCUUUAGUCUGGCGGUCGUGGAAGCUGAAUUUCUACUGUACUUGUGCGUGCGUGCACCAAAGCCAAGCUCUAUGCCGCUAGCAGGGUGAACGUCCAUCUUUUGGCUCUCUCGAUUGAAAUGGAAGAGCUUGAAGCCUGCGUCCUCUUCCCAUCGCCUAAGCAGCAGGAAACGCAGCGUCUCCGCGAACGCAACAGAAUCGCCAAGAGGGCAUCGAGAGCACGCCAACGGCAGCGUGAGCAGCAUAGCGACGCUACUGCGGACGCCGCAGUACAGCCAACGCCAACUGCAGAAGCAACUUCGCAGGACUUGGCGCAGCUAUUGCAUCGGCCACAACACCCUGGUGCAGGUCCAGGUCCAGGUCCAGGUCCAGGUUCAGGUUCAGGCUCAGGCUCUGGUUCUGACUCCGCCUGUCUACGGGCCGAAGCGUCGGAAGACCUUGGCGUCUGGGCACUAGACGGCCCCCUGGAUGACCCUACCGCCCUGCCCUGGCCCUCUUCUCUCGAUGAGGACUGGCCUGGUUUUAGUGGUUCACUAGUGGACACGCUUAGCCCUCGUCAGCUCUCAGUCUCAGUCUCAGUCCCAGCCCCAGGGAUAUCUAACCCAGAGCCGCGAGCGCCGCCUGCGUCUUCAAGUUCACUCACCUCUGACUCCAGCGAUCUCAACAGUAGACCAUCUAGGCUACUCCACAUCGCUGCCCGCAAUGGAACGACGGGGAUUCUCCUCUCGCUAAUCAAGGCUGGCGCAGACGUGAACUCGCGCGACUGCUCCGGCACAACUCCCCUCCACAUCGCUGUACGCUUCCGACGUGCAAGUGCUCUCGAACUCCUCGUGAAUCACGGAGCAAAUAUCAAUGCUCGGGACUCGGCCAACAUGACGGCCCUCGAGGUAGCAGUGAGGGCUCAGGACGAAGAGCUCGUCAACGUUCUCCUCUCUGGUGGAGCUGAGCUUCAUUAAUCAGGCGCUUGACUAGAACAGUCACUUUUUGAGAUAGAUAAUUCUUUUGGUAUCCGGGUUGGCAACAUAACUAGAGGAGGACGUAUGGCAAUAAACGAGCUAUGACUUUUUUGAACCUGAUGGUAUGCGGCUUAUACUCCUGAACGUCUGGUUUCUCUUUGCUCUUGUGUCUUUGGGUUGUGUCAUUUGCGCUUGCGAUGGAGCAUGAUUGGUCACGCUGUAUGAUACACACAAAUGCUCGCAGGGAAGAUCAAGGUUGUUCGUCUUGUCAAGUUUGUUUGAUGUUGAAAAAGCAGCGAUCGUAACGUCAUUUACUGGCAUCUCAGUCAUUGUUCACUUCUGAUGAGUAUCAGCAAAGUGUCUUGAUCUUUUGGAUUGAUUUUGUACCUUGAUGCAAGCCCUAGCCGCCCAAGAUACGCGUUGCUAACUCGUCAAAGAUUUCUUGCUUUAUUU